CGCUCCGUUGCGGGACCAGCCGUUGACACCGCCUCCGCGGUUAGCCUUUCCCGACGCCCGCGAUGGCUGCCGUGGAGACGCCGCCCGCUGCCGCGACGGGAGCUGCGCCAGCUGCCUCUCGCAAGCGGCGGCCCAAAGCGCAGUACCUGCACGGGGCCAAGCGGGCCCGGCCCGGCGGCUCACGCCAGCUGGAGCCCGGCAUGUGCGGCAUCCUCAUCACCUGCAACAUGAACGAGCGCAAGUGCGUGGCCGAAGCCUACAGCCUGCUGGGCGAGUAUGGCGAGCAGCUCUACGGGCCCGAGCAGUUCACAGAUCAAGAUGAGAGCAGACUGUCAGGAAAUGAGGAGGAGGAUGACGACGUCGAAGCUGCAUUGAAAAAAGAAGUUCAUCAGAUUCGCACUUCAACAGAGCAGAAGUUACGACGGUUCCAGUCAGUGGAGAGCGGCGCCAACAAUGUAGUUUUCAUUAGGACACUGGGUGUAGAGCCUGAGAAGCUGGUGCACCACAUCCUGCAGGACAUGAAAGCCACCAAGAAGAAGAAGACCAGAGUCAUCUUGCGCAUGUUGCCUGUUUCGGGCACCUGCAAAGCUUUCCUGGAGGACAUGAAACAAUAUUCAGAGACCUUCUUUGAACCUUGGUUUAAAAGUCCCCGUAAAGGCACUUUUCAGAUUGUUUACAAGGCUCGAAAUAACAGCCACCUGAGCCGGGAAGAAGUCAUCAAAGAACUGGCAGGUGUCGUUGGCCAUCUCAACCCAGAAAACAAAGUCGAUCUGAGCAACCCUGAGUUCACCAUCGUGGUGGAGAUCAUAAAGAACAUCUGCUGCUUGAGUGUGGUGAAGGACUACAUUCUGUUCAGGAAGUACAACCUCCAGGAAGUGGUGAAGAGCAAGGAAGGGGAAGAGCAGCAGAAUGCUUCCAAAGUGUCCCAAGAGGGGGGCCUGGAUGCGGGGAAACCAACUGAGGAGAAAGUGGAGGAGAAGACUGAGGUGGCAGAGGCCAGCGACAAUCACAAGGACUAGGACCAGUAAUGAAACUUGCUGUGGGAGAGACUCUGAAGGAUGGCUGUCAAUGAAUUGGGUGUGGGUGUGCUUUGUCUUUUAUAACUCUGUGGCUCAGUUAGGCCGUUUAGCCAAACCACCAAUCUGCACAAAUUGAGGAGGAACACCAAACUAAUGUUGCCACAGACAAGGAAGCAAGGGAACGGCCUGGAGCUUGCAAACAGGUGAACAGAGCUCUCUGAUUAGAAGCCACAGCCAAACCGAGAGCUCCCUUCUCCUGUUUGCAAGCUCCAGGUGUUCCCUUGCUUCCUAGUCUGUGGUAACAGUAGUUUGGUGCAGGUUGGUGGUUACAGCCAACCAGAGUUUAUGACCCCAAACCUGGAUUUGAACCCAUGGCUUGAAAUGGGUUUUCAGUUCUAGAGAGGGAGUUGGAGCAUAUACAGGAAGAGUUGAGAGCUAGUGAGCCCCAAGGCAGGUCCCUGGCAGUCAUACUGUGCUUUAGCUAUGAAAUCUGAACCAAGCCUCUAGUUACAGUCCAGCAAACAUGAGUCUCUGUAAAAGUUUCAUUGAGAGCAGUGAAACUGAAAGCAUACUAAGGCUUGAGUUCCUUUUGACAAUGAGAUUUUGGCCUAAUUUUGCUGAAUCACACACACCCUCUUCAUCAACAUUAACUGCUACUUAAAAGGCCCUAUUUCUCAUUUGCUGUUGGUGUUAAAUCCAGACACAUGCUGCAUCUCUUGUAUAGUUGUUUACAGACAAAGAACACUAUCUGUGGGUUCUUGCUGCCUUGUUUGGUAACAACUGUUGAUCAAUAGAGGGCAAGCACGCUAUCUUCAAGCCAAUGAACUAAUGCAAGCCAUAAUCAGAUUUUCACACUGGCUUGGCCAUGGCUACAUGCUUCAGAUUUCUAAACUAUUGUGAAUCCAGAGUUAAUUCAGGAUCUGUGACAAACACUUCCUAAAACAAUAGCAGUGUGCAGUGGAGAGGGAGUAGGGUU